CCCCAAAACCCCGAUUUAUAAAAUUUAAGUUGAAAAUUAAAUAAGGUAGCUUUUUGAGGGAAUUUGGCUUUUUUAAGGGGAAAAUAGGGGUUAAGGGGUGUUUUAAAGGAGUUUUAAGGGGUCUGAAAGAGAUCUCAGGAGCUGAGAAUUUUGUAGGUGAUGAAGAAAGGAGGUGGAAAUAUGGGGCAAGUUGAAGGAAAGAAAUCAGAAUCGAGGAAUAGGGGGUUAAAUACUAAAAAGAGGCUUUCGGUGAAAUCUGGAUUGGUUUAUGAAAAUAAUAUGUCAGGUGCCAAAUUGAUAGGGAAAAUUUCAGUUCAAGAGAUGUUCAAUCAGGCCAAGUGACUUAGUUUUAGUAGUAAUUUAUUCUCAGGAGACUCAGAAAAGAAAUUUGUUAUUAAUUCAUCAAAGAAAAAGAUCAGGGGUUCUAAAAUCUACCGAAGUUUCAUUAAAGAAAAUACCAAAACUCAGGAAGACAAUAUAGCUCCGAAAGUAGAGGAAUACACAAAUUCUAUGUUGAAGACUCCAGAAAUCCAGAAAAUGAAAAGUUUCAAAGUUAAGUCUCCAAAAGGGGUAAAAACUCAUAAGAAAGUGCGCUCCUCUCUAAUAGGAAUGAAGGAAGGCUCGAAAAGCGCUUCAAAACUAAAGAAUAAUACUAAGUCUUCACUUAUCCAAAAGCAAAGUUUUGCUGGAGUGUUGACAAAGAAGAUUAAGAGAUCUUCAAACAAGAACUUAGGAACUAUAAAUUACCCUUCAAAAGACAAGUCUAGAGCUCCAGAUCUAACCAAAACCUCAAGUUUCUGCACAGUAGUGUAUGAUUCAGAUAAAGAUGCAAGUCAGAAGGAAUCUGAUUCUCCUAGGAGGAAGCCAAAGAAGGACCUACCAAAUUAUUCUAGAAAAAAACACGAUAGAAUGGCCCAGAGGUCCACCAGUAAUAAAAGAGAGUGCAAAUCCCAUGUAAAAGGAUACAUGAAAGCUACAUUUUCAUACAAGAAUAGCAAGCAAAGGGAAGCAGUCCAUUUAAAGAAAAAGUUCAAGAAGGCAGGGAAACAGGAAGAAAUCGGAGUUGAUGUCAAGCCAAAAAGCUCGUUAGAAAAUUUUGUCUAUUCUUCCAAGAUUCUCACUACCAAGAACAAUAAGAAAUUGUCCCUCAGCUUCGCUACCAAUGAGCAUCAAGUUGAAAGUUUUACUAAGACUAUCAAAAGAAACUAUAACAAACCAUGGCUUGAAUGAAUGAAAUUAGGCCAAAAAUCUACUAAAAAUGAUGCUAAAAAUGUCAAAACAAAUGCAACUACUGCAAGGUCAAUGAGUGUCCGGAAGACUACAGUAGACAUCAAAACACCAAUAGAAAUUUCUAAAAAGAGAACUCCCAAACUCACAAUCACAACAGAAUCUUCUUCUGUAAAGCCAAAUACAAGAUUUGAGGAUAAUUAUCUCAGUUCUAGUACAAAUAAAAGUACUGUAAGGAACUCUGAAAAGCUUAAAAUCUCUCUGAACACUCCUGCUAUCAAACUCGAGAAGAAACCACCAAGAGUUUCCAAAUUCGAAUCUCUCCGUAAGAAACAAUACAUGAAGAUAUCCCACUACUGAAGGCCGUCAAGCUCAGUUAGCAAAAGAGUCAAUGCAGAUAUAUAUGAAAUAUUUCCUAACGACUAGGAUUAAUAGGAUGUUCAAUAGAGGGAA